GAGCUUGGUAGAAACCCUAACCUAUUUUUAUUAAUUUAUUUUACCAUACAACUGAGCUUGGUAGAAACCCUACCCUAUCCUUCUGUUGUUGCUUCAGCUUCCACGAUGAGCACCACGUUAUGCUGUAACCUAUUUGUUGUUGUAGCAGCUCCCAUGAACUCCAUUUUAUGCUGCAAAUUGUUUUCUAUUCGUCCAUUCCAUUUUCGCAAUGUUUUCUCAACUAUAGCUCAUUCUCAGAGCCUCGUUUCACUCUUCGACUCCUCCAAACUUAACAUGUCUGAGGCCGACAUUACUCGGAUCCUCAAGUUGGCUCCCCAAUUCCAGAAUCCUCGAGCUCUCCUCAAGGUAGAGCAGUUUAUUCAUUCGUUGAAGAAGCACGGCUGCUCUGAAGUCCAAAUUGCUAAAAUAAUGAAGACAAUGCCCCGGCUUAUCGGAAGAGCAGAAGGAACAUUGGAACCUAAGCUCAAACUACUGGAAGAUUUCGGUUUUGUGGAUCGAAAUCUGGCCAAACUUUUGACGAUCAAUCCAUCCAUUUUGUGCAAUAGCCUUAAUUCCAGUCUUCUUCCCAAGAUGGUGUUUCUUAAGGAAGUAUUUCAGUCACAAGAUGUGCUCGUUAAAGCCCUGUUAAAAUCACCAAGACUUCUCAGUUUUAGCUUGGAGAAGAACCUCAAGCCCUCGUUCGCUUUUUGGCAAGGAUGGGGUUUUUGUGGGACGGGGCUCUUUAGCUUCUUACGGGUACAACCGGACGUUCUCUCGCGCACUUCUCUAACGCCUGCACGCGUGGAUCUCAUUCACAAGAUUGGCGUUGACAAGGAAAGCAAAAUGUUCAAAUAUAUUGUAAGUAUAGUGGCUGUUAGCCGCGUGGAAACGUUAGAAGCCAAGAUAGAGAAUCUCAAAUACUGCGGGCUCUCGGCUGAAGAAAUCUGGCAACUAUUUGGAGCUUGCCCUCUACUCCUUAAAUUCUCCAAGGAAAAUGUUAAGAAAAAAAUGGACUUUCUAGUUAAUACCAUGGAACUCCCUGCAAAUUAUGCAGUGAAGCACCCUGGGAUAUUAACAGUCAGUUUGGAAAAGACUACGAGGCCCAGGUUUCUGGUUUGGCAGAAAAUCAAAUCCAUCAAUGACUUCAACAUUGCUUUUUUCACGGUAUUGUUGAUGACAGAGGCAAGGUUUGUUAGCAAGAUUAUAAAAGGGCAUCCUGAAUCUCAAACACUAUGGACAAUUUAUGAAAAUGCCAUCUCUGAUGCCUCCAACCGCACAUUGCGCACAGAGAGCUCAACAAAACCAUAAUUUUGGAUGGAGAAAGUGAGCGUCAGGACUCAAAAAGCACAGCAAAUUAACUGAUCGAGUCUUUGGCAGAAGGCAGGCAAGCCCUUUCCAUCUAGUUGCGCUUUAAGCAAGGUACGCAUUGUAAUGAUCAAUUUUUUGAAGAGAGCUAAUUGCUCGCCCUGCAGCCAUUAAGUGUGAUGUAAUUGGCGAAUAUAAAAUACAUAGAAGAUUUGUUACAUCUGAAAAUUAUCUCAGAAAUUUAAUUGUUAUGUUCCAAAUGGGAACUCUCCAAGUGUGCGGAGCGAACGAUAAUGUUGUGCAAACAAGUUUUCCGGCACCCACAUGUUUGAAGAAGUUGUAAUUAUGGGUUUGGUGUAGUAGCUAUUAGAACACCAGAGUCAGUUCUUCAAGAAUGAAUACAUGAAAUCAGUAAACCAAAACAUUAGGCUUUUCCAUUUAUAGUGGAAGUUCAUCAGUAAUAACAUCAGAAAACAUUAUUAGUUGGAAGUCGGUUAAGAAAUGGUUCAAAUCAUAGUUUUGGGACUUAGCCUUACCAGUUCAAGCUCAAGUCCUGGCACAACAAAUUAAAAAAAAUGUAUUCCUAGAGAAAUUAGACAUUUUGACAUAUAUUGAAAGUGCAAAUCGUCUUAAAUUUCAGUGAACAGGUUGCUGUGUUACAUAUAGCAGAUACCCAAUUUGAGAAUCUACUCAUGAUUUAAUGAAUUUGAGAUACUUAAUAGAUUAAACGAGUUGCUGAGGGUCUAAAAUUUUAAAAUGGUCGCUGUUAAUUAAAUGAUGAUAAGUCUUUUGAGUUUUAGUGUUCAGGAUUUUUGAUAUCGCUUUUGACUUUAUGAAACAAGGCGGCCCCGAGAUUGAUUUAGUCUCAGGCAAGUUCUACCAAAAACACAGCAACGUAGAAGAUUCUGCAAAUUUCUGUCAAAAUUUGUGAGUUGAUAGAGUCAAGACACCAAAGUUUGCUGCUGCUGGCUCAGCUUAGGACUUUGUAAGUCUACCACAGAUGCUUGGUGAUGCAAACUGACUCCUACAAAUCAGGAGGCACAAUCAGACCGAUUCCUCAGAAUCAGGAGACAUGUCUUACUGUAUUUGUUAUAAGUAGCUAAUAAUGGCUCAAAUGGGUGGGAAACAACCGUUACGUGAUUAUUAAAAAUUGAGAGUGAAGUGUUCUGUUAGGAGGGGGUGGCUUUGUGAGCAAAGAAAGGAGACAUUCAACUGAAGAUUUGUAACGAUGGAAAGGGGGGGUAGGGGAGUUGAACUUUGAGUUUUGUAAAUAUUUUCUAUGUUAAUGGAAACAUAUCUUCUAUAAUCUCCUUGCUGUUUCUAAGUGCUAUUAACUGUGCUCCAUUAACCCUUGCUUAUAACUGUAUCUGUCUGCUGUCAUACAGUGGAUGCUCUUCAAUUUCUUUCUGCGUGUAUUUUGAAAGGUUUGUGGAUGUUCUAAGUGCUGCAUCAGUUUGGUAUCAAAGCAAAAAUACAUUUAAUGAGAGAUAUUCACUGAGUUCUGUUCUCAGUCAUUCUUUGGCAGCGGAGGUGUUGUGAAUACAAUGUGAGGCUGAAUUAAAGAGAAAAGCGAGAUCUGUUGGUGUGAAGAUCAAAAGAAAAGGAGGGCACCACCAAAGAAGAUGUGCGAGUGAAUGCCAUUGCUGCUGUUUUGAGGAUCUUGUACGUGCUGGGAGCAACAUCCAAAUUUUCUAGCAUCAAAUGCAAACUAGAAAUAUUUUUGGGUGAGGAAAUCUGAAGGCUGCUGAGUCAAAAGAGGUGAGAAAUCUAUUGAUAUAGUAGAUUGCUGUUAGUUCUGAGUUAUAGUUGUUGAAUAAGCAUUCCACCUAAAAGGAGACACAAAUAUGAUAGUGUUGUCGGCCUUCAACAGAUCGGGUAUGGAGCUCACCAUAGUAUGAUGUGUUGCAGCCAUAACACAACCUUUUUGAGCCUUCACAUCUUCCUUUAGAAAGAAAGUGACAUUGUAAUGAUAGCAGUUCAAGUGAAGUAUCUGCAUUUUCAAGUGAUCCUGAAGAAGAUUGAAUUAGGAUAAAGCAUUGAAGAUUGAAGUAAGAGAAAGCAUAGGAAGAAGGGAUUUGAAAGCAAGGAGGGGAAGAUCAAAUUUUGUUUUGAGCAGAGACUUUCCAUUUUAUCUGUUAAUAUAUGAUGUUACUGUUUUUUUACUUGAUAUAUUCUGGAGGCUUAUUUCCUCAUUGAUCUGCCUUAUUAAUUGGUGGGCACGGUGGAUGAUUCCCUUACUUCCAAACUGCUGUAGUUGUCAAAAGCCAAUUGAAUCUCCCUUUGUUGAAACUGUGUAUUUGGUUUUUGGCUGUGCAUGCAAAUAUGGAAUGGUACCAUGUUGUUAAAAUGGAGGAUAGUUAAGUUGGAAGGAAGGGUUAGACAAAGGUAGAGGAAGAAGCUAACAAACGACCAAAAUGAAUUGCAAAAAGUUAGAGAUUGAGCUGAAAGAGUUCUGAUGCCUGUGGGAGGAAUGUGAGUUAUGGAACAAUAAACAAGCAAAGAAAAAGAAAUUUACAGCAAAGGUGUUGAAAAGUUGUGAGAAGGUGAAAAAGAAUGGUGGGCGUAAAUAUUCAUCUUGCGAGCAAGAGCCAUUCUCAGAGAGAAAAGCCAUCGAGUCAAGGAUUAGACAAGGUAUGGAAUUGUUAGAACAGGGAAAUAUAAAAUUCCUUGAAGUUUUGGUAGAAAUAUGAGUGGAUAAAAGACCUUUGAAUGAGAUGUUUUUAGAGUUAUAGAGAGCAGAGAUAGAUAAAUGGGAUGAUGAUAAAGAGGAUAAAUGGAAUGGAAUUGUUGAUUGGCGUUACCUUAAAGAAGGGGAUGGUAUUCAAGAGGACAAUGCAAAAAGAGAAGAGUUGGAAGAUUGCAACGAAGAAUAAUGCAGCUUAUCACAAAAGGAGGCCCAAAAUGUUGUAGCAGUGGAAGCAAUCCACAUUGGAGAAGAAGCUGCAACAAAAAUGGAGAUCUUUGGGAUCUUCAUAUGUGAUGAAGAUUUAUUGUUUUUACAAAACAAAACUUGCCUGGAGCAGCUAGAGGAAUGUCUAGACUCUAGAGAAUCCCAUUUGUGAGGAAAAAGGAAUAGAAGAUCUUCACUUUCCUAUGGAAGUAACGAGGGUGACUCAGGGACGAAAUAGAAGCACAAAUAUCUAUUCUGCAACAAAGAAGGAUAUGAAAAGGAGUGGAUUUGUGGACGACAUCAUGUGGAUUCAAGAAACAGAGACCUUAUAAAAGAACUUGAAAGCAUGCCUGAAUGGCAUAACAUGGAGGAGGAAGCACUUAUGGGAAAUUUUCAUUCCCUUAACUUUGUUUCUGUUUUUAAUGAUUUUUUUGCAGGUGUGAUAGGAGCUGGUAUGAGUGAUGCGAAGAGCAAUGAUGAUCUUCAGUGGAGGAGGACUACUAAGCCUUCAAGGAGCUGGGAAUAAAGGAAGAAAACCAAUUGGCAGAGGAGGAUACUUACUCCAACAAGAGGCUGUGGGCGGAAGAAGAAAAAAUGUGAUAAUUUGUGGAGAUAUCUAAUGUGGUGGAAAUGAACUCCAUGGCUUGAUUCUUUAAGUCAGAAGGAUGGUUCUAUCAUCUAUUCCAAACUCUUUUUUGGAUGUUUGUUGCGACAACAUCCUGGGAUAAAAAACACAAUCCUGCAUCACAAAAAUAGAAAAUGUAAUAGUUAGGUUGUUAAGAUCUCAGUGUUUUAACUUGUUGAAGUUCGUUUAAUAUAAAUAAGCAUUGAACUAGGAGGUUCAAAAAUUUUAAAAGAAGGGGUGAUUGUUGCAAACUGACACCUAUGAAUCAGGAGGCACAAUCAGAACGAUUCCUCAGAAUUAGGGAAUAGUCUUAGCUGUAUUUGCUAUGUUUAUAUGUAGCUAAUAAUGGCUCAAACUGGUGGGAAACAACUAUUACUAAAAAUAGAGAGUUAGUGUUCUGUUAGGAGGAGGUUGCUUUGUUAGCAAAGAAAGGAUAUGUUCAACUGAAGUUUUGUAAUGAUAGAAGGGUGGAUAGGUAGGGGAGCUGAACUUUUAGUUUUGUAAAUAGUUUUCUGUUAAUGGAAACGUAUCUUCUGUAUUC